UAGCAUAUUCCUCUCCUUAUAAUUAUAUCUUCUCAUUUCUUCUUCAUCUUCAUCGACAGUUCUUGGUUUGAUCGCAUCUCACAGUCAACUACAAAACUUUGAUCUCUCACUUUCUCUCUCAUCUCUCUAAUUUCUUCCUGUGUUUAUCAUCAAUGGCCACGAAGAAGAGUGUAGGUUCUCUUAAGGAGGCUGAAUUGAAGGGAAAGAGAGUCUUUGUCAGGGUUGAUCUCAACGUUCCUCUUGAUGACAACUUCAACAUCACCGAUGAUACUAGAAUCCGAGCUGCUGUCCCUACUAUCAAAUACUUGACUGGUUAUGGAGCCAUUGUUAUUCUCGCUUCACAUCUGGGCCGUCCAAAGGGUGUCACUCCAAAGUACAGCUUGAAACCUCUUGUGCCAAGGCUAUCUGAGCUCCUUGGAAUUGAGGUUAAGAUAGCAGAUGACUGUGUUGGUGCAGAAGUUGAAAAGUUGGUUGCUGCAACUCCAGAAGGAGGGGUUUUGCUUUUGGAGAAUGUUAGAUUCUAUAAAGAGGAAGAGAAGAAUGACCCAGAAUUUGCCAAAAAGCUGGCUGCUUUGGCAGAUCUGUACGUGAAUGAUGCAUUCGGCACUGCUCAUCGAGCUCAUGCUUCUACUGAGGGAGUGGCUAAGUUCUUGAAGCCAGCUGUUGCAGGGUUCCUUAUGCAAAAGGAGCUUGAUUACCUUGUUGGAGCUGUUUCGAAUCCAAAGAAGCCAUUUGCUGCAAUUGUUGGUGGGUCUAAGGUGUCAAGCAAGAUUGGAGUGAUAGAAUCAUUGCUGGAGAAGGUUGACAUCCUAUUUCUAGGCGGUGGCAUGAUUUUCACAUUUUACAAAGCACAAGGUUACGCCGUUGGAUCAUCACUGGUGGAAGAUGAUAAGCUUGAUCUUGCAACCACUCUUAUCGAGAAGGCCAAGGCCAAGGGUGUGUCUCUCCUCCUCCCUACCGAUGUAGUCGUAGCAAACAAAUUUGCUCCAGAUGCUGAUAGCAAGCUUGUCCCAGCAUCUGAUAUCCCUGAUGGUUGGAUGGGUUUGGAUAUCGGACCUGAUUCGAUCAAGUCCUUUGGUGAAGCCCUGGACACUACCCAAACCAUAAUCUGGAACGGACCAAUGGGUGUGUUUGAAUUUGAAAAGUUUGCAGCAGGAACUGAGGCAAUAGCGAAGAAAUUGGCUGAACUAAGCGGUAAGGGAGUGACGACCAUCAUUGGAGGAGGUGAUUCAGUUGCAGCUGUGGAGAAAGCUGGACUUGCUGACAAGAUGAGCCAUAUUUCAACCGGAGGUGGUGCGAGUUUGGAGCUUCUCGAGGGAAAACCACUCCCUGGAGUGCUCGCUUUGGACGAAGCCUAAACAAACUCUAUCUAUCAAUCUAUCUAUUGUUUAGACCAUCUUCCCUGAGUAGAGGCGAAGUUUCGAAAUAAAUGAGACUGAACACAGACCAUUGCAAGGAUCUUGCAAUUUUGAUUAAGAGAGUUUUGUUUUUAAAAAGUUUGUAUUGUUGUAUGAUGUGAUUUUAGGGGGUGGUGGCUGUAUUUGGAAGAUUUUAUUUCAUCCUCUAUGGCCAAACUAAAAGGACGAGACACUUAAACCCCUUAUUUUAUAUAAUUCAUACAAUCAUCUUUUGCAUUU